ACACCACGUUUUAGUAGCCUACUCCACACAAAAGCCACGUGUUUAACAAAGUGUGUUUAACCGCCCAAGGGGAGCAAGGCGUCCACCAAUCACAUUCCAACUCAUCUUUUUUGCAUGCCAUCCAUAAAAUUUCAUCGCCCGACGCUUGUUAGUCCUGCCAACAAUAACCGAUCCGCCACUAAGGGCAUUUUCGUCAAACAUUAAAUACUAAGCCAAUCCUGAUAGGUGUAUCCACGCAUGGAACCCAACUCCACACGCGUUAUUUAGCCACGCCAUUUUUUAUUGGUGGCAUCAGAGGCAAACGCACAACCUCCAGAUUAUAGAGAGAGAAACAGUGUGAUGGUCUCUCAACUGACUGAGCUCACUUGUCAAUAUUAUUGUCUAUUUAUCCGACAUGUGUUGCCAUGCAUGGACCCAUUACCAUGCUCAAAUCCCACAUGCCCCUUUCUCUAAACCUCUCAAACACGUACCCAUCGUACAUUUCCCAAGUGUCACCUUCUCCUGCCUCUUUGCUUCAUGCUGCCUUUCUCUCAUUGGCUUUCUCUCUCUCUUUAAACCCUCCCCUUAACAAAUCAUCCCUCUUUCUCAGUACACUGCCCACCAGUUUCUUCCAUCCUUUCCCUUCUCCAGGACUCUCGUCCUACCUACCCUUCCCCAUUUCGAUUUUCUCAGUGUUUUGUAAGCUUCACCAUGAUCAAGACCCUGAAUCCCUACUCCACAGCGAAAACCGCUGAGAUUAUGUCAAGGUACAGGCCCAUAGCACCAAAGCCUGAGCUUCCUUCGAACUCCCUGGGUGACACACCGUCAAUGUCUCAGAAGAUUAGGCAAUCUCCUUACCUCAGGAAUCUCUGGCCUCAAUUGCAAGCCAGGCCUACUAGAACCAGAAAGAGAGGCCGAGCUACCAUGUCUCCUCCCACCAUCAAAAGACCACGAACCCAUCUUCUUGGCUUUUCCUCUCCUAAUCAUGUGUUAUCCCCUGCUAGACAUCUCUCCUUGCAAGGUUUUGUUCAUGGGGUUUCUCAGCUCCCUAUUUCCAACCUCGCUGGUGUUAGUAGCAGGUCGGAAAAUCCCGUCACAGCUGCUUCAGAUUUGGUGACACUCCCUCUUCUUCCAUGUCAGCCAUCGGUUCCUGCUGUCGCGCCUGAAAUCAGUUGCAUGGAACCCCGUAAAGAGGUGGUCAUAGAUUUGAACACUACUGUGGCUGAAAUCCCUGAAGAGAAGGAUCUCCUGCAGCAACUACAAGAAACUCUCACCACCAAUGUGAUAGCACCGCUGCCAAUUCGACCAGUUGGCUCAACAAUUAGCGUUGGAUGCAUCAGUGAAGACCCAAGCUCAAUCCCACCACUGCAACUUCCAAAGAAACCAGAAGAGGUUGAACAAGAGGUUGAGUGCGAGUCCCUGCCUGCCGUGAUAUCCGACUCCAAGUACAGAGUGAGGCUGGCAAAUUCCGCCUACAAAGAAAUGGUGGGACAACCAGAGUGCUCGUGGCUUGACUUGAUGGUGACGGGAGACGGCAGGAUUGGCGGUAGCUCAUGCAAAAGGAUCUGUGGAGAAGUGGCACUUCAUCUCCCUGAUUCAAAGGUGCCUACAUCAUCAAAUGGUUUUUCAUGCUGGGUGAGAAUAGAAUGGGGAGAGGAGGGGAAGAAGAAAUCAAUCAAUAGUUUCUGUGAUGUUAUAAGAUUAUCCUGCGAGUCCAAGGAUUAUCUCUUCACUUGGAGGUUCCACACGCAUAACAGGGAGGGCUCUCAGUCCAGCACUACUGCUUGAAUACUUAAUUGUAUAAAGUAGUUCACUAGAAAACUCAUCUUAUCUACCAUGUAUACAUAAAAAUACAUCAAGUAUAUGUACAGUUUUUGUAAACUUUUCAGUUAGAAGUCAAAUUGUUCAGAA